UGAAUUCCUUCGGAUUUUGGGAAACGCAGCACGGGUGCUCCGAGCACAUCCCCUCCUCCUGCUGGGAAAGGAGCAACGCUGCGCUGUGCCCUCACCGCUCCGGGAGUGAAUCAUUAACCCUCGGUUACAACCACGGGCUGCAACACGCUCUGCUGCCUUUCCCGGCUCUGCUCCGCGCCGGCGGCUCUGGGCCAUGUGCAGCCGAGCCUCCCUCCGCAGCCAUCCCGCAGCCCCCAGGGAGCGCUGCCGGGUCGGGCCGGGCCGAGCCGUGCCGGGCGGAGCGCAGCGGCGAUGGGGCCGGGCUGCCGGAGGGCGGUGAGCAGCUAUUCCAGCCCGCAGGUGGUGGUGGUGAGGGACGGGCUCCUCGGCACCGCGUAUCGGGCGUUGCAGCUCCUGGUGCUGCUUUAUUUCAUCGGGUAUGUGUUCAUCGUGCAGAAGGGCUACCAGGAGCGAGAGACGGGCCCUGAGAGCUCCGUCAUCACCAAAGUGAAGGGCGUGACGCAGUCGCCGAGCAAGGUCUGGGAUGUUGGGGAGUACGUGGCCCCCCCCGAGGGUGGGAGCAGCUUCAGCAUCCUCACACGGGUGGAGGUGAGCGCUGCCCAGGCCAUGGGGACGUGCCAUGAGGGUCCCAGCGCUGCAUGCCACUCAGAGCAGGACUGCGUCUCUGGGGCCAUGGAUGCAUCCCACCACGGUGUGAGGACGGGGCGCUGCGUGCCCGGGGGCAGUGGGAGAAGCUGUGAGGUGCUGGCCUGGUGCCCUCUCCAUGGAGGCAGCAGCAGCGAGUCCCUGGCGGAGAUGGCAGAGCAGUUCACCAUCCUCAUCAAGAACCACAUCCGAUUCCCCCGCUUCGGCUUCUCCAAAGCCAACAUUCAGGCUGCUGAGAGCCACUACCUGAAGAGCUGCACCUUCAAUGCCACCUCUGCGCUGUACUGCCCCAUCUUCAGGCUGGGCUUCCUGGCUGAGCAGGCAGGCGAGGACUUUGCAGUGCUGGCUGAGAAGGGUGGAGUGAUCGGUGUCAUCAUCAGCUGGGACUGCAACCUGGAUCUGCCUGACACCGAGUGCAACCCGCGCUACUCCUUCCGUCGCCUCGACCCCAAAGGGACUUUGGCAUCGCCAGGCUACAACUACAGGUUUGCCAAGUACUACAGCUGGAACGGGACCUGCACACGGGUGCUGACCAAGGCCUAUGGGAUCCGUGUGGAUGUGAUUGUGCAAGGCCAGGCAGGGAAGUUCAGCCUGAUCCCCACGGUCAUCACGUUGGCCACUGCGCUCACCUCAGUGGGACUGGGCUCCUUCCUCUGCGACUGGGUGCUGCUGUGCUGCAUGGACAAGGAGCGGCGGUACAGCAGCAGGAAAUUUGAGCAGAGCUGUGCCCACGGCUGGGCAGAAUGCACCUUACAGCCACCCACUACUGCUGCCAAUAAACCAUCACUGCUCAGCACGCCUGUGUCAAUGGAAGGAUGCAAGAACCACUGCUUGCUGCGCCUGGGGGAGAAGAGCCAGGGGAGCUGAGGGGCUCUGGGGCUG